AAUAGUGCUGAAGGUGCAGUAAUGUGUCGUUACGGUAGUCAAAUUAUACAUUUAACGUUACAGAAUUCAAUAAUUAUACUUUUUAUCCAAUCAAUAUAUUAUUUUUAAACUAUCCAUUGUUUGAACUAAUUUUAGCUUAGUUAUGCACAAGGAUUGAAGAAAUGUUACCUUAAACUAAGGCCGACUAAUCAGUAAGUCGAUAUAGAAGACACAUUGUUUAAAUAGUUUAUGAUAUGUCGGGUAUCAACACGGAAGUAAAUUAAAACGAGCAGUACCUGGAAUAAUAGUAAUAUACAUGUAUUUAGUAUAGUAGUUGGAGAUUAACUUCACACAUACUUUACGAAACGUUUUCAAGGUGUGAUAAUUUCAUUCGAUUGUUGUGAUUUAUCUAGAGAAGAAAUAAAAUGGCAACAUUUCAUCCAACUAAGUUGGCUAAAAAAGGAGAGGCAAAAUUAGAUCUAGCGUUUGUAAUAGAUUGUACUUCAAGUAUGGAUCCUUACAUAACAGAGGCUAGGGACAAUAUUGUACAGAUCGUAAAUGAAAUUGUUGAAAGCGAGAACUGUGACGUGCAUCUUGCUCUAAUAGAAUACCGUGACCAUCCACCGGUAGAAGAAUCUUUUGUAACUCAAGUACAUGAUUUUACUGAGUCAGUCGGAACUAUGAAGAAAUGGCUGCGAGACUGUUACGCUGGUGGCGGCGGUGAUAUACCUGAAGCUGUUGCCGACGCAAUGAACGAUUUGUUGAAGCUAUCCUGGCGCGAAGAAGCAACUAAAAUAUGUGUAUUCAUUACGGAUGCACCACCACAUGGUCUUGGUGCCUUCCGAGAUAAGUUCCCUGAGGGUUGCCCACUUGGUUUAGACCCAAUGGAAAUUGCAAGAGCAUUAGCUGCCAAAGGAAUUGGAAUUUACGUAGCUGGGUGUGAGCCAAGUAUAAAAGCAUAUAAGGAUUUUUAUCUGGCAGUGGCACAUAUAACCGGUGGUCAAUAUAUACCACUUGAGGAAGCAAACUGUCUGGUUAAAAUAAUAAUUUAUGGGGCAAAAGAAGAAAUGUCGUUGAAAAAAUUUGAAGAAGAAGUGGAUAAGGAAAUAGUUGAGCUGAAAACAAGCAAGAGAAUUAUAAACGAAGACGAAGUAACAAAUCUACUUCAUACAAGAUGGCAACAACGUGGAGAAACUACAAAACAAUUGACGUUAAAUCAACGAGGCUUAGCAACGGCAAAAAGUUCCGCAACGGCUAUGGACAUUACAACUAUGAGAUUCGAUGCUGUUAAAACUCUUUACAAAACUACAACACAUAAAAUGAGACAAGCUAAAGUGUCAGAUGAAAGUCAGAAUAAAGAUGAGACAGCACAGGUUGAAGAAUGUAAUUUGAAAUCUAAGAUUACUAUGGCAACAGAAUCGCUUGCAAAGCUUCAGACAGAUACACCAACGGCUCCAAGAAAGGUCGACCUCUCUAGCGUUCUUGGUACUAUCGAUUUUGGACCUGCCCCAGUAGAUGAAAAUAAAUUGAAGGAUACGAAUAAGCACGAGACAGCACAGGUUGAAGAAUCUAAGAUUACUAUGGCAACAGAAUCGCUUGCAAAUCUUCAGACAGAGCCACCAACGGCUCAAAGAAAGGUCGACCUCUCUAGCGUUCUUGGUACCAUUGAUUUUGGACCUGCCCCAGUAAAUCAAAAUAAAUUGAAGGAUACGAAUGACGUGAACAUGAAGUCCAAGAAAGGAGGAUACCAGUGUAUAGAUGGAGGGGUGACACUAAAUCAAACUAUGAGAUUGGUGCAGAAAUCUAUGAUUAAGAUGAUGACAAAAGAUUCCGAGAAACAGUGAUGAUGUUUCAAUAAGAUAACAAUAUAACAUCCGUAAAGAAAUUUAUGAUUAAGAUGAUGACAAAAGAUUCCGAGAAACAGUGAUGAUGUUUCAGUAAGAUAACAAUAUAACAUCCGUAAUCUAUUACUGUUAUUGGGUUUUAAACUAAAAAUAAAACCUCAAAAACUAAUGACGAUAAUUAUGUAUCUGAUUUAAUUAUUUUAUACCUGGAAGGUAAAAUACAUAUUGCAGACGGAAUUU